AUGGGCCCCUACAAGAUUCUGGAAAAGAAGGGCAAAUUAAACUAUCUAGUGGGUUACGGCACUAGGCGGGCUAAGUGGCUCCAUAUCAAUCUCCUUAAGCCCUACCACCAGAGGAGCGAAAUGGUGGGGACAGUCACCCAGGUUUCCUCACCCCAGAUUAAUUCGGAGGUCCUAGCCAAUUUUGAACUGAUCACUCCUGCAUUAGAUACGGCGAAGAGGAAUAACAUCAGGGAAUUACUCCUUCAGCAUCCACAGGUCGUGCGAGACACUUUAGGUCACACCCAGCUCUUGGAGCACAAGAUUGACUUGCUUGAGGGAACAAGCCCCAUCCGGCAAAAUUACUACCGGCUUAACCCCCAGCGGACUGAACGGGUGGCGGCACAGGUUAAACUACAACUCAACUUGGGUCUCAUUGAGGAGAGUGAGAGCCCUUGGGCAUCCCCUGUAGUCCUGGCGCCAAAGGAGGGGGGAGGAGACUGA